AUGGUUGCGCAAUCGCUGGCCUCGCUCCUCCAGCGAGCGUCGAUUGACGACCACGAGGAAGUCAUUCAGUCGUGCAAUGCCGUCCUCGCCAAGUCCAAGUCCGAUUUGAAAGCACAGCACAUCAAGGUUGUCGCCCUAUUAAAACUUGAUCGUUACCACGAGGCCCUCAAGACGUUCGAGGCCGGAGGCGACACGUUGAAAAAGGCCGCGGGUCUGGAAUAUGCCUAUGCGUCAUACAAAUGUGGUAACCUGGAGGAAGCCACCAAAGCCGUGACCAGUGUGGCUGCGGGGCGCGGUGCGAGCCAUCUGGAGGCACAAGUGCGCUACCGUGCCGAAGAAUUCAAGCGAGCAGCCGAGCUCUAUGAACAACUCUCCCAGGACACAACAUCUCACAGCCAUGAGUUGAACGAUUUGAAUAUCAAUUCGUGGGCCACCGAUGCACAGCUACAAUGGAAAGGACAGCCCGAAUUCGUGCGCCACGACCGAUUGUCGAGAGAGGAUUUGGAAUCGUUCGAAACAACAUAUAAUGCAGCUUGCUUGAACAUCGCAAAGGGCGCAUUCAAGCAGGGUGAAAUAUUGCUCAGCCGUGCUCAAAAUAUUUGCCGCACAUCAGAGGACCUUUCGCCAGAAGAUAAGGCUGCAGAGCUACUUCCGAUCAACGUACAGCAGCUUUAUGUAUUGAUCCGACUUGGGAAGCUCGACGAGGCGGAGGUGCUCCUCAAAGAUAUCUCUGUUGACAACGUUUCCGAAUUAUCAACGAAGAAGAUUGCGCGCAACAACAUUGUACUCGCCCGCCAGACCACCGUCAACCCCUUCAUUCUAUACAAGGCCAUUCACGACACCCCAGAUGCCACCGACAACGACCGACUGUUCGACUUCCAGGACCGUGAUCUCGUUGGUAACUCACAUGCCGCCGAUUUACUUGUCCAGAAGUAUGACGGUAUUAUUCGGUCCACCAACAAGGCGCUGUCAAAGCGCUCAACACCCUCCACCGACGCCGCCACCAACCUCCUCUCCGUUUACAAUGCGGCAGCUCAGGCCGAAGGCCAGACCGGCCAAAAGGCCCUCUCAAAGAUUGCCCCAUUACUUGAGCGCCGCCCUAAAGACUUUGGUCUGCUUUUCACAGUGGUGCAGCUCUACGUGAACAGCGGCAACACCACCUCCGCCAUCACAGCCAUCGAGCGAACUCUCCGAAGCCUCGAGGAGUCAAACGCUGAGACCGACCAGUCCGCCCGCUUCAACCCUGGUGUCCUCAGCGUCCUCGUUUCCCUCUACCAACUCGAAGGCCGCAAGCUUCAAAUCCGCACAACCCUCGCACAGGCCGCCGCCUACUGGCGCGCAAAGCCAGAGCCCCCUGCGUCUCUCCUCCGCGCCGCAGCCGCCUCCCUCCUGCACUCCGAAGACCGGGCCGACCUCACCACCGCCGGCGAGAUUUUCCGCGCCCUCCAUCAGCAAGAUGCCAGCGACCGUGUUGCCAUUGCUGGCUACGUCGCCUCCCAGGCAACCCUCAACUACGAACAGGUCGAAUCCCAACUAGAUCGCCUACCCCAAGUUAGCGAUCUGAUUGGCGAUAUCGACGUUUCGGCCCUUGAAUCCGCAGGUAUCGCCCCAUCUGCCUCCUCUGCGGCAGCUGCAGCGGCAGCCUUCGCGGGUGCCCGUAAGCGCACCGCUGGCGCCGACGAUCGGGCUCACAAGCGCGUGCGCAAAGACCGUCUGCCGAAGGACUUCGAUCCUGCUAAGAAGCCCGACCCUGAGCGCUGGCUGCCUAUCCGUGAUCGCUCCUCUUACCGUCCCAAGGGUAAGAAGGGCAAGCAGCGUGCUGCGGCUCUCACCCAAGGUGGACCGGUCAGCGAGAAGGUCGAGGAGUCUCCUGCGCAGCAGAAGGCAGGCGGAUCCAACGCCAAGAAGACUAAGAAGAAGGGAAAGAGGUAG